AUGGCUAUGGCAGAACCAGGCCGAAGUUCAAUUGAAGAUGAUUUCAUGUACGGCAGCAGUGUUGCAUCGUGCCAUGUCUACAUACGAAUGCAAUUCUUGCGCAAGGUCUAUGGAAUUGUUGCCGCACAGCUUUGUUUUGUUGCAUUUGUAUCAACAGUGAUGAUCUCAAUUGAACCAGUGAAAAUGUUCUUUCAAGAUCAUCCGGGCUUUCUUCUCUUACUCUUUCUUGCAACAUGUGUUAGUCUCUUGGCAGUUUAUGUGAAUCGCUUAGACUAUCCAUUAAAUUUUGCUUUAUUGGCACUAUUCACUUUCUUCGAGUCAUUGACAAUGGGCACAAUCGUGUCAUAUUUUGAUAAAAUUCUCGUGAUACAAGCAGUUAUCAUCACGGCGGUCAUCGUUGUCGGCUUAACCGUCUAUACAUUUCAGACGAAACAUGACUUUUCGGCUACAGGUGCAAGUCUAUAUGCAAUACUAUGUGUUCUCUUUGCCGGUGGUGUCGUUCAGAUUUUUGUUCGCAAUUCAUUGCUGGAAUUGGGCUUGGCCCUAGGCACUGCACUUGUCUUUUCUCUCUUUCUGGUAUAUGAUACACAAGAGAUCAUGCACAAAACCUCGCCGGAAGAGUAUAUUGAUGCUGCGAUACAGAUCUAUCUCGAUAUUACACGUCUAUUCAUUGAAAUUUUGCGUAUACUUGAAGCUAUGCGUCAAGCGGAACGUUAA